ACCACAGCGUUUCAGCAAGUAGAAAGUGAAUAGAAAGCUAGCGUUACCGAUAACAAUCGAUGACACUUCCAGUUGUCUAAAUUCUCAUAAGUAACAAAUGUCAAAAUUAUUGUAAAUCCAACUAAAUCAUGAGUUCUGAAGCAACUGAAAAUUUAUUCCUACUCGAAUUCCUGGUGGACAGCCUAGAAUUGGCCCCGCAAUGCGAGUGUGCGAGCCCCCCGGGGGAGACUUGCGUCGCCUUCACGUUCCUGGACAACGCACCGUUGGAGAUAUGCGAGGAAGACUUCAGCCCGGCCAUGCGUUACGGCCAGGACAACGCGCGUCUGAAGAGCGGAAAGUCCUGCUUGUUCUCCCUGACAGCCGAUCAAGUAGCGGCGCUAUCUGCAGAGUUCGACGUUACGGUGUCAGUCCUUAAAAAAAUGCAGUCUGGUUGGCUUCCCGAUAAGAUACAGGUGGGCGCCGCAGUCAUAUCAAUCGCGAACCUGUUCACCGAAAUGAUCCAGAGCAUACAGGAAUCCACGGCGCCGGAAAGUCCCACCUCCAAAACCCUGAAAGACGUUUUCGAAAUCUUCAACACCGAAGGUACCCAAGUCGGCAAGAUAGGCGUCUACAUCCGCAUGUCCUGUUUCGGAAAAUUGAUAGUGACUCAGUUCCAGAUGAAUUUCGACGAUAAGUCCGUUCUUUUCAAGGACAAGGAGGGUAAAUCCCUGUACCGUUACAAGAAGGCGCCUAGAGGCAAAGAACACAAGAUUGACGAUAUGGGAGGAGGUGAAUGCGACUCGGAAUGCCCUUAUGCUCCUUGCGCGACAGAGGAACCUUCUCCAAUUGACGAAGGCUGCGCUCCAAGCUGCCCAGGUUUGCCACCACCGUCUCCAGCUCCUUGCCCUGCUCUAGCGAAUAAAGAAACGGCGAUAAGUCGCGUCAGUGUUGGAGUAAACCCGGACGUGCCACCCUGUAUAGAAUGUAUGGGAAAGUCCGACGCCCCCUGCGUUUCCCAACAAGUUGGAACCAUGGGUAUGCCUCAGAUGGGCUUGGGUUUCCCGCCACCCAUGGGCAUGCCUCCCAUGAUGCCCGGUAUGGGUAUGCCAGGGAUGGGUAUGCCGUUCCCCUCAGCCAUGACCCCUUGCAACGAAUGCGGAAUGCUGCCCGACCCCCCCUGCAUGCAAGGGAUGAUGGGAGGCUACGGAGGGAUGCAGCAAGGACUCAUGGGCUGUUCGCCGUCCUGCGAUGGGAUCCAGCAUCUCCUCGAGGCGCAACAACAACAAAAAGGUAUGCAAAAUCCUCCCGGUCCACCACCGGGCAACUAUCAAGAGAUAGGCGCCACUUUGGGAACGAAUAAACUCACCAUCAGGGUUCACAAAAACAGCAAGGUGGAACCCUGCGAAGGAAACCCGGCGAAAAUCACCAACAAUCCAAACCAACCAAACCAACCAAACCAACCAAACAAAACUGACAAUAAAGUUUCAGGAGGUGAUUCCUGCACCUGCUGCCCGGGCGCCACCGCUGAAAGACAGAGGAAGAAGGAGCAAAUGGGCCAGCAGCAACCCCAGCUCCAGACCCAGGCCUACAACAUGGGGCUGGGGAUCCCCCAGGGCGACUCCAGGAUCCCGUUCUCCUUCAAGAUGGGUUGCAUGGGUCAGGGGGCGGGCGGAGCGGCCGGUAAGAACGUGAUGGUCCAACCGCCCACCACGAUAGCCGCGGACGGCACCCAGUUCACCGAAAUCUCCGACCCCGACAAGGAUCUGUUCAUUCUGAGGAUCGGGAAGAAAUCCGAAGGGAUAGACAAGAAGAACAACCUGGAACUGGAGCUGUGCACCCCCAGGGCGCCGGAUUACAAGCCGCAGCCCAAGCAGGAGACCAGGGACACGCAGUUCGACGAAAGCGACCUCCCAGAAGGGGGCGGCGGUAAGAAGGGCGACAAGAAAGGCAAAGGAAAAGACAAAGGAAAGAAGGGCAAAAAGAAGUGAUAAACCUACCUGAAAUUUCAUCAUCUUAUCAGCCAUCUGAAGGCGCAGGUCGUGGCCGAAUUUAACGGUGGUGGGGGUUGGAAACUAACAAAACGGCGUGCCAUGUAGCGGAAUCAGGUAUUAUCAUUCGCCGAUAGUUCGUUAACUCGUGAAGUUCAUUCAUCGCGCGCUGGCAUGCGCAUAGUGUAGUGUGUGUAAACUGUUUCCCACGUGUACCUCUAAUCUAUAAAUGGUGA